AUGACAACUCUAAAUAUCGUGGAAGCAACUAUUGAAGACCUCCAAACCGCACUGUCGCAAGGUGCAUUGACAAGCGUUGACCUUGUAGCUCUCUACUUACGACGUAUCUGCCGUUAUGAUCGCGCCCUCAACUCAACUCCAAUAUUGAAUAGCCAUGUCUUUGAGGAAGCUGCCGCAUCUGACGACUAUCGAGCUUCCGGCAAGCCGAUUCGCAAGCUGGAGGGCAUCCCGUAUACCGUCAAAGAUAGUUUCAAAGUCAAAGGCAUGACCGUGGCUUGUGCUUCUCCAGCCUUUAAGGAUCUUAUCGCUAUGGACGAUGCGUUUACUGUCAGCGUAAUUCGGAACCAGGGAGGCAUUCUAAUCGGGAAAACCAAUAUGCCACCAAUGGCAUGUGGUGGAAUGCAGAGAGGCAUCUACGGCCGGGCUGAAAGUCCAUAUAACAGCACCUACCUAGCCGCAGCUUUUGCAUCUGGCUCAUCAAAUGGCUCCGCCGUUUCAACAACAGCUUCUUUGGCAGCAUUUGGUCUAGGUGAAGAGACAGUAUCUUCGGGACGCUCGCCUGCUUCUAAUAACGGUCUGGUCGCCUAUACUCCAUCUCGAGGCUUAAUCUCCAUUCGGGGCAACUGGCCACUUUACCCCACUUGUGAUGUUGUAGUACCGCAUACACGGACUAUGAGAGAUAUGCUUGCAUUGCUUCAAGUGCUUCUUGUACAAGAUCCACUUACUAAAGGGGAUUUUUGGCGUGACCAACCCUUUGUGGAGUUGCCCAAGUCGUCGCUAUCGGCAGACAAGAUUCAGGAUAUUGGCAAUCAUACCACGCUUCAAGGUCUGCGAUUUGCCGUCCCGGCUAUGUAUAUCGGUGGUCCCGUCCCCCAAGGUGCCAAACCAGUUACCGUCAACCCAAGAGUGGUCCAAGUCUGGGAGGAAGCCAGAAGACAGCUCGAAAACCUAGGGGCGGAAAUCGUUGUUGUUGACGACUUUCCGGCUGUCACAGCUUAUGAGAACCCUAGUUUAUCACCACGAGGCACAAUUCAACUGCCCACGUCGUGGCAUCAGACCGAGAGAGGGCCGAUGGUCGCCCAUGGUUGGGACCAGUUUCUGCGUAACAAUGCCGAUCCCAAUUACCCCAGUCUGAAAGGCGUAGAAGGAACAAAUAUCUUCCCAAUGUCUAUGCGAACACCCGUCGAACUUGAACAUCUCCCGACGACAACAGCUAUUAAAUGGAGCCAACUUACAAACUACCUGGAGGAUACUACAAUGUAUCAAGUUGAAAAUCUGAAAGAUGCACUCAUUGCGCUUGAGGAUUUGCGCCGAAAGCUUUUGGACGACUACUUGGCAGAGGUUGAUUGCGACGGCUUUGUGUUCCCUGCGGCUGGCGAUGUCGGCGCUGCUGAUGCUGAUGUUAACCCCUCUAGUGCUUUGCAUGCGUGGAAGAACGGGGUUUACUACAGCAAUGGCAAUGGAGCCCUGCGGCACUUGGGAAUACCUACAGUUACGGUCCCUAUGGGCAUGGUCGCGGAUAAGCAAAUGCCUAUAGGCCUCACAUUUGCCGGCCGGGCAUAUGACGACGAAAGGCUCCUUGCAUGGGCAAAUGCAUUCGAGAUCAAGACAGGUUCAAGAACACCACCACCACUGACGCCCCCACUGCAAACAGACAUGAUCACUCUGAGGCAUAUCGACAGUAAUACUAGGAUAAGCCGGCCGUUGAUCAGGGUUGAUAAAUGUCGUGUCUACCCGCUCGACAACCGUGACAUAUCAGGCGUCAGUGUUGAGGGCGCUCUAAUAGUGGAAACGAAUCAUGCGCACAAAGUGACGAAACCAGAACCAGUCAUUGACAUAAUAGUUAAUGGUGAAGAUAUAUCGGCUGAUGAGAUAUUUGUUGCGGAUGCAGUGGACUGUAUGGAUCACCAUGUAGAGAUUCAUUUCCAGGCACGCGCCACGACGCCUAAACUAGCGAUCCAAGACAGGAGAGAGCAGACAAUGGAAGCUGUUGCGAGAGACAAAAUCAUGGUAGUAAUCAUUGCGCGAUCAGCGCCUGAUGGAUACCCUGCUGGCUGCCUCAAGUUAACUGGGAGUGAAUACAUGCGACCCCCAACUGCGUGUUUGAACUGUAGAAGUUCUAAGCGCAGAUGCGAUCGGGCAGACAGCUCAGCAGCAUGUUCCCAGUGUGUUCAGCGAAACUUGCAGUGUCCAACUACAAUCACCAGCCCCCAACUUCCAAGGGCAUCAGAAGUUCGAGAUCCUCCGCGCUCUAUUCAGUCGAUCCACGCACAAGACGAGAGGAUGUACUUAGUAAAUCUCUACUUUCGCUUCAUUCAUGAUUCCCCUCACAGCCUCUUCCAUGAGCCCACCUUCAAAGCCAGCGCAGCGGAAGGUACAGUGUCCAAACCUGUCCUUCUUGCUAUGCUAGGUUUGUCUGCAAGGUUUGCUACAGAGCCUGAUAUCGUUGCUCGUGGGCCAAUGUAUCGCGCUCAAGCUACUGCAGCAUUGAAGGAAGACUUGGAACAUAUCUGUAUUGAGAACAUCCAAGCCUGCAUUCUUGUCGGCAACAACUUCUUUGGUGAAGGUGACGCAGAUGCUGAGUCCUUAUAUUUUGGACUUGCAAGUCGAAUGACUCAAAUUCUGAAGCUCGGUGAGAUUAACGAGAGCGAUGACGGCGUUAUGCGAGAAGUAAAGAGACGCAUAUUCUGGACAUGCUUCAUUAUUGACACUUGGGCCAGUGGAGGUUCUAAUCUAUCGCCACAGUUCAGAUGGCGAACUAAACAACCUCGAGGGCCACUUGACGAGUAUAUGUUCUACAACAUGAGAUCAGGAGAUGACGACGUCGCAGACUCGGACUGGAAGCCUGGAUUAUGGGCUCACAUGGUCAGACUGGUUGGGUUAUACGCUCAAAUACAGAACCUCCAGCAAGAACUCGCGAAUGGAGUUGAGUGGAACGAGUCCUUUAUAGAUGAGUCGGUGCAAAGGCUGGAGGCUGAGCUCAGUGCUUUCGAAGAGGGUUUAGGCCCUGAAUUAAUGUUCUCAAGGGAAAACCUGGCUUCUUUCGUUGAACGUGGCUUGGGACGCGUCUUCAUAGCCUUUCAUCUGGGCUAUCACCACUACUAUACACUAUUGUUUUACCAAUACCUCGAUCAUCGCCGACCACCUACAAGAAACGGCCGCAAGUACGCUAGCUCCUGCAAAGCUCAUGCUGCGAUUGUGUGCGACGUCCUAAAGGCCUCGAGGGAGGUCCCUGGGGCUGAAGCACUCUACAACAUCGUGGGACAUGUGACGAUCGUGUCCUCGUCAGUGUUAUUGCAUACAUACCUGUUUGGAGAGUCUCAUGAGCUUGAGGAGUCAAGAGACCGGCUGAGUUCAAACCUCGAGUCGUUGGUACAACUGCGAAACUACUGGCCCAGCGUGGAGAUGAUGAUCAAACGAUUAGUUGUCUUUCAGAAGAAUUGCAUUCAAUCAAUGAAUGCAGAGUCUUACCGAUUCGACAGGUGGAUGGUCAAGUUUCUCAUUGCUCAUGCACUUGCUCUUGAAGACAAGGUGGAUGAUAGUUGGUCUGCUGCCAGCGUUGAUGCAGCAAACGGAGAUGCCCAUCUAGAACGAGGUCGUAUCACUCAAGCCAUGAUUAUGGAUAUCCAAAACUACGAUACGGAAACCUGAUGAGUUAUUCGACAAUGUAAAUGAUUGAAAUGUAAUUGAACCAUUUCUGGCGCAAGA